GAAGCCAACAUGAAUGUCCCUAGCAGGGAGAAUGAAAUGGCGGCAUCUCGACCCAUAACACCUAUUGACUUGAAACCAACACCCAAGGUGAAAGACAGAGUUCGGUCUAAAACACGCUUAAGGUCAGCAAAAAGAGUCAAAUCUGGAGUGUUCAAUGAGGAAGUUAUUCCUCUCGUUCUCACCUCGAAGACUCAAGAAAUUUUCCAGUGUGUGAUUGACCAGGAUGUGACGGAGGAGCGACCCUACAAGCUUAUUAAAAAGGAAGAUAUUAUUAACGACAUAAAAGCCAGGGGAGGUGUCUCCGAUUUCUACCCAUUCAAACAGCUGAUCCUGUCAUUAGAACAGAAAGUGGAGACAAAGCCAAAGGAAGAGGAAGAUGAAGAGGAACUAUUUAUCAAAGAAUUGCAAUUUAAAGCCUGGAUCGAUUUGGGCAGCAGUGUUGAAAUUGAGCAAGAAAGGGUUGAAGAAUCACCAACUAAGGUGAAAUUUAUGAUUUCACGUGUCCGAAGAGAAUUUGGGGCUCCUGUUUCCUUUGAUGAUCGCAAUGAUGCUGAAAUAAAGGAUAGCUAUGUGGAGUGCACAUCCUACCAAGACAAGAAUUUCAGCAUCAAGAAGCUGGAGAGGGAUAUCGGGAUACAGGCUGUAUGCAUUUUAGAGGAAAACAGCACACAAACAGAAUGGACAUAUCCUCGAAACGCUUGCACCCAGUAUACGCCCAGUGAGUUCACACAGGAGGAAAAAGAUGAAAUGUUAAAAUCUGAAGCUCUUACUACAUUUAUCAACUCGGUUGCUUUGAGGUUUGAGUCAGCCUUACAGCAAAAUGAGAUCAUGGACGUCUUUUACGAUGAUUGGAGAGGGCUUUCGGAUGAAGAUAGUACGUUUGGAGGGAAAUCAGACUGCCAUCUAAAGGAAUACCAGUCCUUCACAGAUCUCCAGAGGAGCCAGGGGAGGAAGAUAAGCCACAUUGAAUGGCACCCAACCAUUCUGGGGCUAGUGGCUGUGUCAGUCGUUGACCGCAUUACUAUGGAGGACAGGAUUAACUUAAACAACAGAUUAGUCCGCAGUCACUCAUAUAUCCUGUUCUGGAAUUUCACCGAUCCUAUCCACCCACAGAUCAUGUUGGAGGCACCGGAUGAUAUUUACAGCUUUCAGUUUUGUCCAACGGACCCAAAUAUUGUGGCAGGAGGCUGUAAGAAUGGCCAGGUGGUGCUGUGGGACAUCUCCAAAUUUGCGAGCAGAUUGCAGGGCAACAUUCCAGCAGCAAAGCCUGAAGCUGUCAAGUCCAAUCUGUUGGUGAGUGACUUGGGAAUGGGACGCAUCCCAUUCUCCUGGUAUUGA